AUGGCACUCCAACAAAAUGUUUACGAGAAUGGCGGAUGGGUCACUCGAACACUUACUCCUCAGGAACUGUUCCGUGAGGCAAGAAAACCCAAGGAAAAGCAAAGGAAACAGCCGUUGACGCCGCGAUCCUAUGGCAUACUCAACAAGACCGUCAUCGAUAGCCCUGUGAUUCGCUGGGUCUUGCCAGUGCAAAUCCGGUCCCCCCGUAACAACGAUGUUGCCUUCAUAGGGGACUCAUUUGUUCAAAUAUGCGAACUGGGAGGGGACUACCAGCUCAAAGAGGUUAUUCGAAAGCAAGACUUUGGCUCGCGGAUUCGAAAUGCUCGAGUCAUUGGGUUAUCUCGCGAUUAUCCGGGGGGGCACGACAGUACCGACAAGCUGAAGGUCAAAUCCAAGCGGGAUCUGGAUGAUGACAUUGACAUGUCCGACUCCUCAAUAACUCAUGAUCAGUUUCCUCCACAGCUUCUGGCCCUUGUCCUAGAGCAUGGCGACUUGGUGUUCCUUUACGUUACGGAGGGGCCCACUGGCGAGUUGGAAUUCAGGUCUGCAAAACAAGAGAUCGAAGUUGCGCGCAUCAGACUUCCCGGUUUCCAUAUGGUAGUCGACCCAAAUUCACGAUACUUGACGUUGGCUUGUUCAGAGAAACUGUUUCUCGUAUAUGAGCUAGAGUCUAUGGAAACGCUCCGCGAUCUACACUCACGCGGAGAGCCCUUCAAGCCAGUAAAGUCCUGGAAAGCCCGAGCAGUCAGAGGCACUAUCUAUAGGAUCGAGUAUCUCUAUCCUAAUCCAGACAAUGAACGCCACAUCAUCCUCAUGCUCAUCAUCAUUCAAAAAGGGGUCUCGCGACUGGCAACAUACGAAUGGGAGCUUGGCGACCAAUUGAAAGACGCAUUUAAAGAAGAGAAGCAUGGUCAUCGCCUCGAUGUACAAUGGAGUAUGCCGCUGUUGGUGAUUCCACUGACCAUUCAAAAUGGCUUCUUUCUGGUCACAGAGAGUCAGAUGGGCUGCUGCCUCGAUAUUCUCCAUGGACAGAUAAAGAUUGAAGCGAUAAACAUCGGAGAACAGCCCGAACCCACCGAGCAGCACCGAGGCAAGCACACUCCACUAUGGACUGCAUGGUCAAGACCUUGGAGGAUAGCUGCAUACUAUCGCGAGAAAGAUGUCAUAUACUUGGCUCGAGAGGACGGCAUUAUCAAAUUUCUAGAAUAUGACGAUUCGGGUUUGGAUACAGAUCUCGGGAUGGGCUCCGUAGACUGUAAUCUCGACACAGCUUUUGCUUGUCUUUAUCACGCAUAUGGGGACGUAUUGAUCACCGGCGGUGACUCGGGACCUGGCGCGAUUUGGAAUAUUGAAGCGAGGGAAGUCCCAAAGCGGAUUGGAACGAUACCGAAUUGGUCCCCAACGGUUGAAUUCGUAACCACGAGCACAAGAGCAAACCGGAAGUCCUCAAAGGGCAAGGAGCGAGCCGAUGCAAGAGGGGAUUUACCAUUGCAACCUGAUAGGAUUUUUGCAUGCUCUGGCUGCGGAAACGGCUCCAUAAUCGAAUUCCGAUAUGGUCUCGAGGCCAAGGUUGGCAUGGAACUUGAUAACGAGCUCCCUAUUCGUCAGUGCUGGGCAUUGCCUGCUGCAGGACCGAACUUCCAAGAGUCCUUUCAUUUACUACUCGCGCUGCCGAACACUUCUGUCAUUCUACUAGUCUCGGGUGAUCUAUCCACUGGCAGCGACUUACCUCAAGAAAUCGUGCCCUAUGAUCUGUCAUCGAGUACAUUGGCUGCCGCGGAUUUAGGAGGCGUGGUUGUCCAGGUCACAACGAGUUCUGUCACGAUCAUAUUAUCGCCGACCGAAAGCACCCGCUAUCUGUCGCAUGAGCUCAGCGCCGGCUUAUCUCCAGUAAUUACCCAUGCGGCGGUGAGAGAUGACGCCAUUGCCGUAGCACUCCAUACUGGAGCACAAUAUGGGCUCAGAACUCUCACCGUCGACAGACUCAAUAUUAGCUAUGGACUCCUGUUCGAGGUGGAGGGUGAAGUAACUUGCGUUGCUCUAGGCAAAUUCGCUGGUAACGUGACCUUGAUAGCCGGACUUUGGAAAGCUGAUGGUCCUACGCUGGCGUUCUACCCCCGGGGUGAUUUGCAAGAAACCUCACCGCUUCCACCAGUAAUUUUGGAUCUAUCAAAGGAACCUGCUAACGAGACCAGCGAGUCCACGGCAUUUCUCGAAGCUAUAACGAGCAUCGUCAUCAUUGACGAACAGCCUGGAGAGAUAUCCCUCGUCGUUGGUACGAGAACUGGCUAUGUCCUCACAUUAGUUGUUGAUGCUACGGCGCCUCAUGAUUACCGAGCUCACUGCGAUAGACUAGGCCCAUCUGCGGCCGACGUCUUUCCACUUAGUACAGGCUUUGGGACUGGCUCGGUUCUCGUGUGCUGCAACUCAACAGUGGCGGCGAUGACGGGCUUCUCAGCACGUCGACAGUACCGCUUCGAGGAAAUUUUUCGUGUUUGGGCCACUGAUGACGACACCUCACAGAUGCCCGCACCAGCCUUUCACUCUGUUGCCCCAAUGCACUGCAAUUUGGAGAAUAAUGGUAAUAGUUCCCUCUUGAUGAUAGCCGGGACGACCAUCUACGUUGCUGAAUUGCAACCCAAACCGAAACAAGUCCCACGCUACAUGAAUGUACAAGGGACUCCAACAAAAAUCAUGUACUCUCGUACACUUGAGGCUCUUGUUAUCAUCCUAGUCUCCAAAGAUAUGCGGCCAUCCUUACACUUCCUGGACCCUGACACUGGACUGGAUUUGUCUUAUCCUACCAACAAAGGACAAGAAGUCGAGUAUAUUACCGGUCUGGGCGAAGUGGAUACAAAGGUACUGUCACUGAUGAAUUGGAGAUACCAAAAAGGCGGUAACACUUGGGAGUAUAUCGUCAUCUCCACUGUAAACGAGAAAAAAGAGAGCAACUUGCUCGUUAUCACAGCCGAGAGGGGUGAUCCGGUGGGUAACCCGGAUGGUCCACCUACAGUCCGUUUCUUCACCAAGUGGAAAAGACGCCACGAUGAACCAAUUUGGUCCAUUGCAACCGAAGCACAAGGUUUGUUCCUUUGCUCGGGGAACACAAUACUCUACGAGACGCUUGAUGAAGAAAGAAAACUGAGAAAAGCGAAGGAGCAUGAGCUUUCCUCUCCGGCAGCAUGGAUGGAAGUCGUGGAUGGUCGGCUCUAUGUGGCCACCGCGAGGCAUUCACUCGAGAUUCUUGACUACAAGACCAGUUCAGCAGAUGACUCGAUGGCUCGACUUUACACAGAUACCGAGACAAAAGAAAGUUUGCAUUUCAUUGAGAUUGGCAACUUCGCCAACAGGGAUGAUUACCAGUCGGUCACUCUGUUGUCUGAUUUGGCUUGCGGUGUCUAUGGAAUGUGGGCAGUACCGCACGAUGGGAGAUUCUUUCUCAUAUUCCAAGCUGAGCUCCAGGUUUCGAUUAAACGGUUUACACGCGGGCACACAAGGCCACCAUGGGAUCUUUUUGGUCGAAGAUUGCAAUAUGGAGCCAUGAAAAGCAGCGCGGACAGAUCGGAAAUCAUCGGAAUUGGCAUCGAGGGCUCCCUGCAUCAUUUUACCCUGCUUGAUUUGGAUGCCUGGAGACUUCUCAGAUUCAUCCAGAACAUAGCACUCGUGUCAACCUCGAUAUGCCCGUUCAAACCGACUUACAGGACUCCUACCGACAAAUACGUGUUGGGCAGGGAAGAAGACGAAGACGAAGACGACGACGACGACGAAGAAGAAGAAGAAGAAGAAGAAUGGAAUCCCGAGCCCCAGAUGCUGCCCAGACUCAACAUGCAUGUCGACGGAGACAUUCUUCAGCGAUGUCUGAGUCAGCAUGCCCUCGAAGAACUCAUAUCCCAACCAGAACUCAUCACACGAUUCCGACAACUUCUUGAGGCCCUCGAUGGGGGGCUAUACACACAGUCUCUCCAAGACUUGAGCGGUUAUUUUGAGCUCUGCUAUGAUGUACUGAAAUACUACCUUGCACCGGUCCUCUAA